CAGCCAGUUGCGGCGUUGACUUUAAUCGCCCAAAAAUCUCUUCCCAUCUCCACCAACCUCUUGUCGUCGUCGUCGUCGGCUGAAGCCGUGUCGUGUCGAGUCAUGUGCGUAGCCCGCUUCGAGGUUUCCUUGUCGGAGAGAGAGAGAUAUAUAACUAGCCCAACCGCUGCAGCAACCGGCGAUGACGACGUCUCGUCUCGGAAGAAGUAGCUUGCCUUCCUCGCAGCCUUCUACGCAUAUCCCCGGACGAAGCAAAGGAAGCGCCUCCGUCCCGCCUCCUCCGUCCCGAUCCUCCUCCUCCUUCCCGAUCCUUCCGUUUCCGUAGCAGCCGGCAUGACGGAAAGCUGUAGCAAUGCGAGUCGGAGCUCUAGCUCGAGUUUGAACAGCAGCUUCCAUGAUGAUACGGAGGACGACCAAACCAUCGCGGCCAUCUUGGCAGAAGAAGAGAGCUCUAAGGUAGAUGGGAAGCUUUCAAAGAGACUAUCUCACCUGGAUUCUAUCCCGCACACUCCUCGGGUAAUUGAAAAGAUUCCUGACGUAAGCGAAGCAUCAUUGGAUCAUGAGCGGCUCUCUGAGAGAUUAGUGACGUAUAAUCUGGAGGAGAUGCAAAUUGAAGGUGAUGGAAAUUGCCAGUUCCGAGCAUUAGCUGAUCAAUUAUUUCGCAAUCCAGACCAUCACAAGGUUGUAAGGAAGGAGGUAAUAAAGCAGCUAAAGCAUGAGAGGAAAUUAUAUGAGGGUUACGUGCCCAUGAAGUACAGGAGCUAUUUAAAGAAGAUGAAAAAAUCUGGAGAAUGGGGAGACCAUGUCACGCUGCAAGCAGCUGCAGACCGUUUUGCAGCAAAAAUUAAUUUGGUGACCUCUUUUAAGGAAACUUCAUACAUUGAGAUUGUUCCAAAUGGGAAGACUCCUACAAAAGAGUUGUGGCUCAGCUUUUGGAGUGAAGUACACUACAAUUCAUUAUACGAAAGAGGAGAUGUUCCUGCUCAAAAGCCCCGAAAAAAGCACUGGCUUUUCUGAAGAGUCAAUGUUAUCAUGAGGUCGACCUGCAGCAUUGGCAGCUGUUAGUGGAAUGCAUUGUUCGCAUAUGCUGUGCUAUCAGCGUUACUUCAACUGCCGAGAAAACUUAGUUUGGAGAUCUGUUUUCAGAUCAUCGUUUUCUGUACAUAACAGCAGUCCUAGACUGAAGAAGACAGACACUCGUGGGCACAUGACAACCCAGAGUUCACGGAAAUAACUUCUAUUGUAGACCUUUCUGGUUGUUUUUACAUUCUUUGGAACAAAACUAAAUUGGAGGAAGAUAGCAAACCAAAGACCUGAAGUUGUUUAAAGGAAUUAUAAAUUGAAAGGUCAUCCUUUCCAUAUUCUAGGCAUUGUAUUUAUUCUUACAUAGCUAUGGAGUGGUCGGUAUGGGGGAUC